AUGUCAGCGUACCUUCAUGAUGACGAACUGUCGGCGAUCGUCAUCGAUAACGGUUCGGGCAUGUGCAAGGUGGGAUUCGCGGGAGACGACGCCCCAUUGAGUGUAUUUCCUAGUAUUGUUGGACGACCGAAACAUCAGGAUGUGAUGCCGGGCGUGGUUCACAGGGACACAUACGUGGGUGAUGCGGCACAGGCCAUGCGAGGCGUGCUCAACCUUCGCUACCCCAUCGAACACGGCAUUGUAACAGACUGGGACGACAUGGAACGCGUGUGGCAACAUGCGUAUUACGACGAGCUUCGAGUUGACCCCGAAGAACGACCAAUACUCGUGACAGAGGCUCCACUGAACCCGAAAUCAAACCGCGAAAAAAUGUUGGAAAUCAUGUUUGAAAAGUUUAAGCACCCAUGCUUUUACGUCGCCGUACAAGCCGUUUUAUCUCUAUACUCAUCUGGGCGCACCACGGGGAUAGUUCUUGAUUCCGGUGACGGGGUAACACACACUGUCCCCAUCUAUGAAGGUUACGCUCUGCCACACGCUAUAUUGCGUAUUGACCUGGCGGGACGCGACCUCACUGAAUACCUUAUGAAGAUACUAACCGAACGUGGAUACUCAUUUACAACCUCUGCUGAACGAGAAAUUGUCCGAGAUAUCAAAGAAAAACUGUGCUAUGUUGCUUUUGACUUUGACGAAGAGAUUAAGAAGUCUGUGUAUACGGAUAGUAUUGAGCGAACAUAUGAAUUACCGGAUGGAGAAAUAAUCACAGUAGGCAGCGAGCGUUUCAGAUGCCCGGAGGCCAUGUUUCAGCCGUCGUUUCUAGGGAUGGAGAUGCCUGGGCUUCACGAAUCCGUGUACAAUUCUAUAGUCAAAUGUGAUGUCGAUCUUAGGAAAGACUUGUAUGCAAACAUACUUCUCUCCGGAGGCUCGACGGUAUUUACGGACAUCGCUGCACGCAUGCUUCACGAGGUGUCCUGCAUCGCGUCCCGGGGAACCAAGGUGAAGGUGAUAUCGCCACCCGAGCGAAAGUACUCCGUAUGGAUCGGCGGCUCCAUCCUGGCGUCCCUCUCGUCGUUUUGCCAAGCUUGGAUUACAAGCGAGGAGUACAAAGAGAGUGGCCCCGCCAUCGUGCAUAAAAAAUGCUUUUGA